AAUAGCAGGAAACCUUAAUAGCGCGUUGAAAGGCCGAUAUUGGGUGAAAGUGGAAGCCAAAGAUAAUGGAACUCAAGCCCUAAGCAAUUUCACAUCACUGGAUAUCUUCAGUGUGGCUAAGAGUUUCCGUAUAAAACUGAAAUUUGGCAUCGGUUUAAAGGAACUGCAGGAUAAGUCAGAUGAAAUCAAAAGCCUUCUGAGCAGUGCAACUGGAACAACUGUCUACAUAACAUCAAUCUAUAUAGACGAUUCAUCAACCCCCAAAUCCAAAAGGGCUCUGGAGAAUACUGCAAUGGAUGCCUAUUUUGUUUACAAGAAUGGCACGGCUCUGAAUGAUAAUCAAGUGCUCGGGAUCAUUCGAAGCAACCCGGAACAGUUGGAAAAACUUAUCGACGUUGGCUUGUCGCUCAUUGGUCCUGGGGAUGUGAAGGAACCUGGAAAAGAGAUGGAGUUCUUUGGUAUUAUUAUAGGGAUGGCAGCAGCUGUCUUCAUCCUCCUCCUCCUCUUGAUUGGGACAGUAAUUGGCAUGAGGAAAAGUUAUACAAGGAAGUUGAAGGCACUCAAAGCCUUGAAGGUGGCUUCACAUUUCUCAGGCAAUGGAGCGCAGCAAGGACCUGCCAUCCCUGGGACCAAUAAAUAUAAUACAGAAGGGGCUAAUCCUGUGCUUGGUUUCUCCUUGGAUCCUUCUGUGAACCUUGGCUUUGAUGAAAAUGCCAGUUCUGAAGUGGCCAGCCUGAACUCUCUGGAUGAAAACAUGUUUGACGUUCCACACGACUUAUUUCCUGCUAACCUGAAAGUGGACAAAGCGGAUGCUCACCAGGAAGCAGACAAUUGGGGAGAGCCCUUGAAAGCUGCUUUAGAGAGUUCCGUUGCUGUAUCUGCAGACUCUGGAAACCCUUCCUUGAAUACUACAGAAAUAUGACUGUGCCCAUUUACUUCUGGCAACGCAAUGUCCCGAAUGUAUAGCAGCUGUUCGCUGAAGAUGCUGAACUGGUAAUGAAAUAAAUUAUAAAACAUUGGGAUAUCGGCUUCUCUGUGGCCUGAAUUAACUCAAGAUCUGCAACUUAAACUUUACCACAUCUGCUCUAAACUAGAAGCAAAGAUGAGACUGAACAAGAUCAUGGAACCGGAGAACUGGAAGAAGCUUCUUGGGCCAUUAAGUCCAGCAUCCUGUGGGCUUAGGAAUCCAGCUGAAAGAUAACAUACAGUACAUGUGGCUACUCAGAAAAUUGUUAGGAUAUUCGGUAAAACAAAAUGCUUCAAUGGAGACAAGACAGAGAAUAAAAGUUUAGUAUGAAGAUAGUGGUAAUGAUAUGACUGAAAAUAUUGAACUUAGUUACUGGUCACUAAGAGUUCUGAUCCUGCUUUAAUGGGGUGUGACAGAAUGACUUUGGCCCAGUGAAGCAUGAGCUUGUCCAUGUAGUCAGUUGAAGUCACAACCAACUUAUGGACACUAUUGACCUCUGGGUAGACACCUUCAUUAUCCAAGGUCUCUCACCAUUGCUGGAGAAGACCUAGGUUUCUUACCAACAUUGCAAAGGUGGCCAGAUGGUGGUUUCCAUGGAAAACUCUUUAAAAAUAAUUAAGCACAAUUGUUUUCUCUCCCCUCCCUUCUUAAAGGUUCUGCACGAAAUAGUGAUAAUAUCAAAACUUUUAUUCUUGGGCAGAAAUCUCUAAACCUUUAUUGUUAAAAUGGAAAUGAGCUAGAACUACACCAGCAAACACACCUUAUUUUCUAACAUGUACCAUUGUUUAUAUGUGCUUUCACUAUUUGGCUUUCUAAUAAUGUGUGGGUUGGCAAGCAUGAUGCCACUAGAAGAUAGAAUAAGGCAAUUCGUCUUUGGCUAUCAUGAGAGAACAAAUAUCUCUUAGGCUAGUAUUUUAAUUUUACUAUGAGGAGAAAGGAAAAUGUUUCUGGGAUUAUUAUUAUUUUUUACCCUGGUAUCAGUGUAGCUUGCAGGUGCAAGAAAAAUGGAAAUGUUCCAUUUUUGGUGUCUGUAUAAAUUUGAAAUGCCAGCCAACGUGGAUUAUCACAUGUGACAUUUGCAAUUUAUGACUUGAACAGAGGGUAAGCUUGUAAUUUGAGGAACUUCUUUUUGAAAGUUGCAAAAAUGAUUGCUCUCCAGCUCUUUCUAGAACCUGCCAAGGGUUCACGUUUGAGAGCCUGUCAACACAAUGUUCAUUAUUCCCAGCAAGGAGACUAUUCAGAAUUUCCGCCCAAUAAAGGGAAACCAUCCCUUUCCCCCCAACCCCUUGACAAACACAAAGAAAGCUUUUUGAGCUGAAACUGUUGAUUGUUAUGUUGAGUUUGUUUGGGUAUUUUGGAGAAAAUUUUUAUUAUCCAACAGUUAGAUUUACAAGUAGUACCCUAAAGAUAUAAAGAAAGGGCAGGAAAAAGAAAUCAAAAGGCAAAAAUUACUCUUAACAAUUCAGCAUUGCUUGGUACUAUAAAUCCAUAUGGCACGUAAACACCAUACUGAGAACAGCACACAAAGCGGGACGUGAGGAGGUUCUCCAGGGGUUCUGUAGGUUUCCCUUCAAUUCUGAGAAGGGAGCAGGGGGAAAGUCCAUUGGCCAGAGCCUCAGCAGCACUUCCCAUUCUAGGCAUAGUGAGGCAGGUUUUGUAGAUUUCACCACAAAUGCUUGUAUUUCCAGGCUGGGUGCCUCUUCCCCAGUUCUUCUCUUGCAUGUUUGACUCUCAGUUGAAUGUGCUGGUAGGCCCUGGGUCCUCCAUGCUAUGCCCUCUGACCUGCAAGGCAAGUGAAGUCUCAAGACAACCUGGCUCUGCAACUGGAAGGCUACUUGUGAACACUGAGCACUCUGGGAACCUAGAAAUGCAGCUGGCUGAAGGGUUAAAUCCAUCCUCCAGCAGAUCUCCUGAAAGGCCUGCUCAAUGGGUGGAGGAGAGCUUGCCAGCCCGAUACACUUUAGGUGUAGCUUUAUGCAGGCAGUGUUGUUGCUAAGUCAGUGCAGUAAUUCCACAUUUCCCUGUGUAUCGAACCUAGUGCUAACAUUUGUACUUCAGCAAACUUUAGGAGCUUAGACUUUUCCAUCAGCCAGACGCCCUCCAAGAGCAACACUGGCUGGAGAUGAUAGGCCGUGUAGUCCAACAUCUCUGGAGAACACUGGGUUGGAGAAACCUGACAUAGAUUCUUUCUCUCUUGGGCAAGAUAGCAGGCAGCCAAACCAUUCAUAUGCUUGCAUUGUUUACAAAGGUUUAAAAGCUACUUAGAGAUGAAUA